ACUUUUCAAAAAUGACCAAUUAUAUACGGAGCAAGCAUCUUCCCAGGCUAAGACAGGGGUACCACCAUACAUCUGUAUUUUCUCCAUGGAUGCUUAUUAUGUAGUACCGCAGAUAUCUAACCUUAUCGUUCGACCCACUUACCAAAAUCUCCUAAAUCAAUUGCGUCAGAGAUGCUUUGGCCAGACAAUUUCACCAACAUCCGCGACUUUUACUUGUUACUUGUUUUGUGGUCGUCUCAGUCAAAUUCCGUCGUUCGCGCCAACCGUGUCGCGCACAAUAUCAUCACCAACUAUAUUACCUACAGUUGGUGACGAUACUUGUCAAACAUUCUCGCGACCUACAUUCUUUUCCUCACCGAACAUCUCGCGACCAUGGGUCUUUUGGGCAUGACUGCGAGCUACUUGCUCUUCUCUCUCCUUCAUUUUGCUCAAUUCGUUUUAGCUGUUACUGUCUGUGGGCUAUACGGCGUUGACCUCCAACGUGCGCGUUCCCAAGGCAAAUAUGUCGACGGGAAAUGGGUCUACGCAGAAGUUGUUGGUGCUCUUGGGGCGCUUACGGCAAUCCUCUAUCUCGUUCCAUUCAUCCUACGAUUUGCCGCUGUGACGAUAUGGAGCUUCGUUCUAUUCGUCCUCUGGAUCGCCCUUUUCGGCCUGUUUGGUAGAAUGUAUAUCCACGAGGACCCGGAAGGGAACGGUGACAUUCAACGGAUGAAGAAUGCUGUUUGGGUCGAUUUAGCGAACGCAUUGCUCUGGCUUAUUGGAUUUAUUGCGAGUGCCACCUACUGGUGGACUCACCGUGACCGGCGCAGCCGCUUUACCGGCCGUGCUAAGCUGGGUCGCAAUGGCUCGACCCGCUCAACUGGUUGGACAGCAUAGCGACCCCGAGUCAAUUUAAUUGAGAUGAGCUAUGUUCAAGUUCGGCGCUGGUGGGUGGCUAGAGUAUGAAGGAUUGUGAUGAAGAAAGCGGCAAGGAUUCAAUUGGCGUUGAAAAUGUGUUCGAUACCCCAUAGUAUUUUGGAUUUCUUGACUUUGUGUUUGUUAUGGUGGUUAUGUGACGACAUAAUAGGUACUUGGGAGCUAUUUCUUGGACAUUUUCGCGGCUGUUCGAGGUCGUUCGGGGCCCAUAUCCAUGAUAGGCUAUCGGUUUGCGGCUCUCGCCACUUCUAUAUAGAAUAAUUAUCAUACUAAUGGUAUGUCGCUUUGCAUAUUUCGCUCGCAUUAGAAUGAUGCCGCCAUUCAGGCAGGACAUGACGUCUAUUGCAACGCAGCUACAUGGAGGGUAUGCCACUGCAACAGUUGGAGAUGCGUAUGUAUACAUUCAUGUGAAAGUAUCAAGCAAUUCC